AUGCCUCUUCCCAAGAACGUGUACCAGGCCUUGAAGGAUGGCAGCGGCACUGCUGGAAUCUCCGUGCGGCAGGUCUCGAAUUCCAGCAGCGACGAGCGCUCUGCCUCGCAUGAAAACCCGGCGUCGGCUCGGCACGGUGAGAGGCUGAAGCGCUUCCUGGCAGUGGUGGAGCAGCGCUCUGAGGACUUUGAGUUGUACAUCUCGAACUUGCGCCUCGAAAUGCUGCGGAAGCCAAAGAUGCCCUCCAAACCUUGUCUCAGCUCGCAGACCGGGCCGGACGUCCCCUUCGCGCAGCCUUGCCUGCUCAUGAGCUCACGGGCUGAGCCGGACGUCCCCUUGGCGAAACCUUGCCUGCUCAUCAGCUCAAAGCAGAGCCAGAACGCGGUAGUGUCGUUGUGA